AUGGUGUCCGACAAGAGAGAGAAUUUACGGCUUGUAUCCUACUCGGAGGCGCCUGUGUACCUCCAGAUGCGGUUCAUCACCUCGGGCUACCGCUUUGUACUUGUGGGAUACAUGGCACUGGUCCAAGCCAUGGAUGAUGGUUACUCUUGGGGUGCCGUGGCUGCGCAAGGCGUCUUUCAUCUUAUGGUCAUCAUCGCUUUCUCCGCCUCAUCCAUCUUCCAUACCUUCAACUCGGUCAAUGAGGCCACCUACAGAUGUUGCAAUCAGGCCGAUGUCAACGGAAUCGUCGCAUCAAUCGUCGGUGCGUACAUCCCAAUCGCAUACUUUUCGCUCGCUUGCUAUCCCCAGUGGCAGGCCCUGCACCUGUCUGUCUUUGCUGCCGUUGCCCUUGCCGUCGCAGGCGCCACGCAGCUGCCCAUCAUGACCGAUCCGGCUUUUAUCGUCGGCCGCAUCCUCACCAUGGGCUCGCUCGUCGCCACACUCGUCGUCUCCACCCUACACAUUGCCUGGCUCGUCGGCGAUCAUCCCGUCGUCGCCACCUUUGUCGCCUCGGUUCUUCGCGCCGUCUUCCUCCUCGCCCUAGGCUCCGCCUUUUACGCUUCGCGCGUUCCGGAGCGCUUUGUGCCAUCGGGCUUCUUCGACUAUCUUGGCAACUCGCACAAUUGGCUCCAUAUCUUCUCCGCCGCCGCUAUGUACGUCCACGCCUGUGGCAUCGCCGACAUUGCCGCCUACAUGGCGACACAGCCCUGCGCCGCCACAUUUGACCUCUCCCGCGAUCUGUCAGGAUUGUGACCAACCUCACCCUCGACCUCCACCCAACCACCCACGCCACAACGCCCAUCAUCAAAGAGGUGAUCGCC